GUACAUUCGAAAUUGUUUUACCCGUCUCAACUGACGCUCUAUAAUUGAAUUUUAGUUAUACGAUAUGGGGGACUAUGCUGAGGCAGAGGGUAUCGCCUUGAAACGCUUAGCAGAGGAACGGAAAGCAUGGCGAAAAGAUCAUCCCUUUGGUUUUGUAGCCAAGCCCUUGAAGAACCCUGAUGGAUCGUUAGACCUGAUGACUUGGAAUUGUAGUAUUCCUGGAAAAAAAGGCACAUUGUGGGAGGGAGGAUUAUUCAGUCUUAGAAUGUAUUUCAAGCCAGAAUAUCCAACAACACCACCCAAAUGCAAGUUUGAGCCACCAUUGUUCCAUCCGAAUGUAUUUCCGUCUGGUACUGUAUGUCUUUCCCUCUUGGAUGAAGAAAAGCACUGGAGACCAGCAGUCACAAUCAAACAGAUUCUCUUAGGUAUUCAAGAUUUAUUAGAUCAUCCAAAUCCUAAAGAUCCUGCUCAAGCUGAUGCCUAUACGUUAUAUAUACAAAACAGAAAAGAAUACGAUACACGAGUUAAAAAGCAGGCUGAGUCUUUUCGAAACCCCAACUUGUAACUUUCUAUAUUUCAUUGCAAGAUAUAAGAUAACCAUAUAAGUGUAAAUACAAGACAAAUCUUAUGCUUCAA